GAGGAGGAGUCACUGAACCACAUCCUGCUUUACUCCAACCUCUCACCUCAUCCUACUGUUGGCAUGGUGAUCAAACUGUCAUUUCCUCAUGUCAUUUGAAAGCUUCAUCUAGGAGAGAGAAGUAUCCCAGCAGGCACCACAGCGCAAGCGAAGAAAUCAUGGUGCAUCAGGAAGAGACGGCGUGAUGAGUUCUGAACAUCAGAAGUCAGAAUGGAGAUGACUCUAUUGUCCAUCACAGUGUGGUUCACUCAGUUCCUCAUCGUCUCUGCUCUUUAUUUCAACACACAGCCAACAAACACCACAAGUGACUACACUGAAAUAACUUCAGCAACAACAAAAACAAACUCAGAACCAAAGAUCCUUAUGUAUGCAACAUCAUCGUCACCUCUGACCGCAUCAACAACGCAGAAAAGCAUAACCAGUCUACCCAGUGAAGUGCAUACACAGACAGAUAUAACCCCAAAUGUGACACCCACACAGGAAACAGCAUCCCUGCAUCAACUGAGCAGCAUUACUCCAUCUCAAAAUGUCACGAUGGAUGAUGGCGAGAGCGUAAGCAAUGCUAGUAAUGUGGCUAUGAGCGAUGCGAAUACAAGUCAUACAACAGUUUCCACUAACUUUGCAAGACUGACGGCACAAAAGGAUGACAGUAAUGAAACUGGAACAACAUCAAGUGUGAGUUACAACUCUGACGGGCACACCGUUCAGACUGCAGACACUUUAUCAGACCCAGUCGACAGUGUCUCAACAGUUCCUUGGAAAUAUUCCACAGAGAAAGAGGAUGAGAGAACGAAAGCCGAUGAAGGAAAUGAUGAAGCUAACUCCACCCAGGCCACAUUUGCAAAUAUGAAAGGGGAGUCGAGAGGAACACGAGGCACUGAGGGAAGUUACACGUUCUCAAGUGAACACAGAGAGGCACAUUACAACACCACAGCAAAUACAGUCAAUGUCAGUGAUACAACAGCAAUAGUGAGUAACAAUUGGUCAACUUCACAAAACACAGAUAUUCCCAUGACCACACCGUCUUACACCACAGCACAAGGUUACCCCACAGUUACAGAUGCACCUGAAUAUCACACCCCUACAGGUGGAGUAACUCACUCUAUGACUCAGGAAAAUAUACACAUGUUCACAAACUCCACAGCAACCACAGGAAGAGAGAACAGGACAGAAACAGACACACCCGGUGGUACCACCACCAAUAUCAGCAUCUCUAUCAUAACUGACAACAGCCUUGAUGCCACAAACAACAGAUCAAACCAAAAUGACACAGAAAGCAAAGUGAGGCCUACAUGCUUGAACCCAAAACCAGAAAAUCAUUUUUGGCCAUCCAAGCUGGUCUGUUUCCUCACAGUGUGGACUUUAGCAAUGACCGCCACCAUAUUUCUAGGAAUAACUAUUUUCCUUUGGGUGCGUCUGUCGGUUUCCAAAAAAAAGAUGAAGCGGAGAGUAAAAGGAGGUCAGAAGAGUGAGAAGGAGAGCCUGUGGACCGACCCCAAAGCUUCGGUGCAGGACAGAGUGGAGUUCUGGUACGUCAAUGGAUCCACGCUGGAGGCCGACAAGAAGCAGAAGGACAAGAGGAGGAUGAAGAGGAGAGGACAGGAACAGGAUAAUGAGGAGAACAGCUUGUGGAUUCAGCCUAGAGUGACUGUGGAAGACAUAACAGACUUCUGGUACGCAAACAGACGCAUGAAGGAGGGCAGGACAGAGGACACAUAGUUACAAACUUUGAAAGGCUCCAUAGGAUACUAUUUGGACAGCUAUGCCUUCAGGCUUAUGCCUAAAACACAAGGGGAUUUUGAUGGAGCCUUUAUUUGAGUUACUAAAAAAGUGAAUAAGAAGUCUGAAUAUUGUGUUUGUGAUCCUACAUGCACCUUUAAUCAUCAGAGGGAUUUGUGUUCAGCUGUGCCCAAAAAAUAAAACAAUAAAUAGAAAUAAAAAAGACAAACUCUAGGUUGAUUGAACUAUUGCAUAUAGACAUGAUGACAUUAAAUAAUGAAUGAAACAGAACGAGCCUAUGCUGCCAUCACUCAUAAAUAAGAGUUUCCCAAGCAUAAACUGGACAUAAUGGCCUUUUAAAAGUCAUAUUUAGAUCAUUGUGAUACACAAGUUUCUGAAUUGGGUGGACCAUAAGCUUUAAACAUGAUGGAGGAGAGAACCACCGAUAGUGACUGUUAAGGUUUAUUCGUUUUUCCCAAAACAUUUGCAUUGCUUUUUCUCGUCACUAAACUUAUGUAUGUUUACGUACAUAAAUAACCAUUUGAUGCAUAUUGCUUGUAACAUUUUUUUUGACCACAAUUCUGAAAUUGUCAACAAGAUAGAAAGCUGAAUGUAUACAAUAGCGCGGGUAAUGUUUAUAACAAUAUAUAAUACAAUAUAUAUAUUGUAUAUAACAAAAUCUGUUAGAUAUUGACUAAAUGUCUUCUUUACAUUUUGGCUUCAGUAAGAUUUCCUUAAGAAAUGGGCAAGAAUGAGCCUACCGUCUUCCAGGAUUUCUAUUCUUUUCAACAACAAAGCACUUCAACACAACAAACUCGUGACAACUUCAGAAUUGGGAAGUAGGACAUUCAGAUCACACACGAAGGCAGCAUUACAGUCUCAAGUUUGGUGGUGAGGGUCCAGCUGACAGACAUCAGAA